AUGAAUUCGACGACGCUGCUGAUCUAUACGCUGCUCGUGUCCAUGCUGCUGCUUAUCCAAGCGCCGGCUGGCGAGUCCACGUUCCUACUCCUUGCUUGUCUUUACCGUUUGAAUAUCUGUCCGUUCCGCACGACUACGACAACGGCGGCGCCAACAACAACUUCAUAA